AUGGCCGAAGAAGACUAUGAGUUUGAUACCGAUGCUAUGGACUAUGAUGUGGAGCAAUAUCAGGCUAGUUCUGGAAUAAAACCCAUUGGGUUUGAUGUUUCUGGUUCUAUGCUAUUUAAUACAAAACUAAGGCCAGGCGCAGGGUUUACUGAUGGUAUACUGACUGGAAACCGUAUGCGUGCCAAUACAGAAGAUAUCAUUAUGGAUCAAAACUUUUUUAAUGGUAAUGCCUGUACACUUUCAAUGUAUAUUGUCUAG